AUGCUCCCAACACUUGCUCUUCUUUCGAUCCCCUUGUUCGUUGCCCAAAGCGCUUGUGCUGGAGCUGCCGGAAGUGUACUGGCCAGCCGAUUAUCUGAAGACCCAAAUGUGAGCGUUCUUGUUGUUGAAGCAGGUAGAAGCAACAAUGGCACUGACGUAGCCCCCAUCCGCAUUCCAUUCAAUGCCCCCGCUGCCGGUGCUGGCUCCGUUUUCGAUUGGAAUUACACCACGGUUGAUCAAUGGAGUCUGAACGGCGAGCCUGAGCCGUAUCCUCGUGGCAAAGUACUCGGUGGCAGUACUUCGACCAACUUCCUGGUAUACACUCGUGGAUCAUCUGAUGAUUACGACCGAAUUGCUAGGAUCGCCGGAGACGACAGUUUCAGGUGGGAGAACUUGAAGCCAUACGUCCUGAAGCAUAACACCAUGGUUGCGUCUGCUGAUGGUCACAAUACUACUGGUCAAUUCGACCCCGCCUGGCAUGGGUCGGGCCCUCUCCAUACUUCAGUUGCUGGAUACCCUGCUGUGAUUGACCCUCUCAUUAUCCAAACCACCCAAGAGCUUCCCGAAGAAUUCCCCUUCAACCUUGACAUGAACUCUGGUAACACCCUCGGCAUCGGUUGGGUCCAAUCUACCAUCGCUGAAGGGACUCGCCAAAGCUCUGCCGUCGCCUACCUCUGGCCUGCGCUCUCUAGACCCAAUCUCCAUGUCCUGAUCAACACCCAAGUCACCCGCUUACUUCAAACAGGGCGGACUGGCUCCAGGCCAGCCUUCCGAAGCAUCGAAUUCACCCAAGGCCCCAAUGCGCGUAGAUUCACUGCCACCGCUCGCCGGGAAGUGAUCAUGUCCGCAGGUGCUGUCGGGACACCGCAGAUUUUGAUGUUGAGCGGCAUUGGUGAUCGCAGGGCCUUGACACGAUUGGGAAUCCGGACGAUCAUACACAACCCCGACGUUGGGGAACAUCUCCAGGAUCAUCCGUUCCUGCCACUGCAAUGGGAAGUAAACAGUAAUGAAACGUACGACCAACUUUCUUACCAGCCCGAAUUGGCCGCCGCCGCACUGGCCGAAUGGAAUGCUAACCACACCGGUCCCUACUCCAACAACCCAGUUAUGAAUCUGGUCGGAUUCCUCCGCGUCCCUGACGACAACCCGCUUUGGCAGAACUACACCGACCCUUCCGCAGGGCCUAACACUCCACACUACGAGAUCGCAUUUGGUAACUCCUUUGUCACUACCUCUACCCAAGUUUUCCCUACAAGCGGAGGAUUCCUUACUAUCACGCCCAUCGUGGUGACUCCCACUUCCCGUGGCUACGUACGAUUGGCUACCGCCAACCCAUUCGAUCACCCAUUAAUCGACCCCGCAUUCUUCGCCGACGAUUUCGACAUGGCCGUCAUGGUUGAAGCCGUGAGAGCUUCUCAACGCUUCGUCGCAGCAUCUCCUUGGGCCGACUAUAUCAUUGGACCCUACUCCGACUCUGCUAACACCACUACCACCGAGGGCAUCGUCCAGUAUGUUCUUCAGCGUACGGCUACUUGCCGUCACCCAACUGGCACCGCUCAAAUUGGCAAAGUCAUCAACGGGGACCUCACUGUCAAGGGUAUUAGCGGCGUUCGCAUUGUGGAUGCCUCGAUCUUCCCAUACGUCGUGUCUGCCCACCCUCAAGCGGUUCUAUACACUCUAGCUGAAAAGAUGGCCGACGACAUUAAGGCUGCAUACCAAUGA